AUGUUCAGCUGGGCCAAACAGGAGCAGGGAGGCCGCGUCAAGGAGGGAGACAUGUACGCCACGGUCACAGAGGGGCUGCAGACGCUCUACACCAAGAAGCUGCUGCCGCUGGAGGAGACUUAUCUGUUCCAUGACUUUCACUCUCCCGCUCUGGAGGCUGCGGACUUCCAGAGCAAACCUAUGGUGCUGCUGGUGGGACAGUACUCCACCGGGAAGACCACGUUCAUCAGGUACCUGUUGGAGCAGGACUUCCCUGGGAUGAGGAUCGGACCAGAGCCGACCACCGAUGGUUUCAUUGCUGUGAUGUACGGAGACAACGAGGGUGUCGUCCCUGGCAACGCCCUUGUCGUCGACCCCAAGAAACCCUUCAGGAAACUCAACGCCUUCGGGAACUCUUUUCUGAACAGGUUUAUCUGUUCUCAGAUGAAUAACCAGGUUCUCCAGAGCAUCAGCAUCAUUGACACUCCAGGGAUCCUGUCUGGAGAGAAGCAACGCAUCAGCAGAGGGUACAACUUCUCGGAGGUGCUGCGGUGGUUCGGCGAGCGCGUAGACAGAAUCAUCCUCCUCUUUGACGCUCACAAACUGGACAUUUCAGACGAGUUUUCUGAGGCCAUCCGCGCCUUCAAAGGACAAGAUGACAAGAUCCGAGUGGUGCUCAACAAGGCCGACCAGGUGGACACGCAGCAGCUGAUGCGUGUGUACGGCGCCCUCAUGUGGUCAUUGGGGAAAGUGAUCAACACUCCAGAGGUGGCUCGGGUUUAUCUGGGCUCGUUCUGGGCCAAACCCCUGCAGAACACAGAGAACAGACGUCUGUUUGAAGCCGAGACUCAGGAUUUGUUCAGAGAUAUUCAGGGUUUACCUCGAAACGCAGCUCUGAGGAAACUCAACGACCUCAUCAAGAGAGCGCGCCUCGCCAAGGUGCACGCCUACAUCAUCAGUUACCUGAAGAAGGAAAUGCCGUCUCUCUUCGGACGGGAGAAGAAGAAGGAGGAGCUGAUUAUGCGGCUGCCAGAGAUCUACCUCAUUCUGCAGCGAGAGCACCACAUCAGCCCUGGAGACUUCCCCAACGUGGCCAAGAUGCAGGAUCAGCUGCAACAUUAUGACUUCAGUAAAUUCCCGUCUCUGAAGAUGAAACUCAUCGAGUCUGUAGAUAAGAUGCUGUCAUCAAAGAUUGCCGUUCUCAUGGCGAUGAUCCGGGACGAGGAGUCUAAAACUCCGGCCACUUUGGUGCAGGGCGGGGCCUUCGAGGGAUCUCAGGAUGGUCCGUUUGGUCACGGUUACGGUGAGGGCAUCAGCGCCGGCGCAGACCACGAGGACUGGAUCGUGAGUCGAGACAAACACAGAUACGACGAGAUUUUUUACACACUCAUGCCCGUCAACGGCAAGAUCUCUGGAGUCAACGCCAAGAAGGAGAUGAUGAACUCACGCCUUCCCAACACCGUCCUGGGGAAGAUCUGGAAGCUGGCGGACUGCGACCACGACGGGAUGCUGGAUGACGAGGAGUUUGCUCUGGCUCAGCACCUGAUCCAGGUCAAACUGGAGGGAUACGAGCUCCCUGUGGAGCUGCCACAACAUCUGGUCCCACCGGCUCAUCGGAAGAACCAGCAGAGCAACGGGGAGGGGGUCUACAACCACGAGGAGGACUGA